UCUCCAAAUUCCCCUCCCACUGCCAGAUUCAUAGCUCGAAGGGGAAAAGUUGCAACUGUCCAAGGCACAGCGGAAGUGAGCUCGGAGAAAAGGCGACAGGAAUACAAGACAUUGAUUUAUUGAGCUGCAGGAUCGCUGUCAUAAAGCUCUCUCUGUAGUUAUUUGGUCGUUGCUGGAGGAGCGUCCGAGAUGAGUGAGGAGAGACCUGAGGUUGAGCUCUUCGUGAAGGCAGGAAGUGAUGGUCAGAGCAUUGGGAACUGCCCGUUCUCUCAGCGGCUCUUCAUGGUCCUGUGGCUGAAAGGCGUGACCUUUAAUGUGACCACUGUGGACAUGAAGAGGAAACCAGACGUUCUUAAAGAUCUGGCUCCUGGGGCUCAGCCUCCUUUCCUGCUGUACGGCACAGAGGUGAAGACGGACACCAACAAGAUAGAAGAGUUCCUGGAGGAAACCCUCUGCCCUCCCAAAUACCCACGGCUGGCAGCUCACAAUCCUGAAUCAAACACCGCAGGUCUGGAUGUGUUCUCAAAGUUCUCCGCCUACAUUAAGAAUUCAAACCCGCAGAUGAACGACAAUCUGGAGAAGGGUUUACUGAAGGCCCUGAAGAAGCUGGAUGACUACCUGAGCUCUCCUCUGCCGGAUGAGAUUGAUGAGAACAGCGCUGACGAUGUCACUUCCUCCACCCGCCCCUUCCUGGACGGUCAACAGCUCACUCUGGCCGACUGCAACCUGCUGCCCAAGCUCCACAUCGUCAAAGUGGUGUGUCUGAAGUUUCGAGGUUUCUCCAUCCCUCGCUCGCUGUCGUCUCUGUGGCGAUACCUGGACGCGGCGUAUGCCCGAGAGGAGUUCUCCUCCACCUGUCCCAGCGAUGAGGAGAUACACAUGGCCUACUCCUCCGUCGUGAAGGCUCUCAAAUAGAAGGAGUUCUCUUUCCAGAUUGUCCUCGUGCUUCAAUUGGUUCCUGUAUGUCUCGAGCACCUUAGGUUGUUUGCACUGGCAGAUGUCUCGCUUUUCAACUAAACGUGGUCUUAUAUUUUUUAAAAGCAGCUGAACUGCAGAGGUCAAAGGUAAUUUCUGUUGCUAUACACAGGCAGCCUGCAGUGAUACAUUACAAACUAUGGUCAAAUGUUUAACAGGCAGCAGUAGUGGUUGUUUUUCAUUAUUUUUGUUCAAUGUACGUGUGGACGAGUGCUUUUCUAGCAGUUACAAGCAGGAUGUUGUUGCCUCAUUCCUCUCAUUACUGUCCCUCCCUCUCGCUGUGUCAUUAUCUCGAGUCUGUAACCAUAGCCUUUAAUGACAGCUUUCACUCACGGCUGCUUUGGUCGCAUACAUUUCAUAAACUGUUUUUCAAGCUACUCUUUACAUUCCAUUGAUUGAUAUGUUGCAAAGUCAUGGAGACAUCUCCAUAGGAAUCCUGCGUGAUGUGUCAGAUCUUCUAAAUCCAUGCAUUAUGUGAGAAGAAAAAACUCAAAUAAAUGUUGUUAUUCACUGAAAAUCUUUUAAAUCAGGAACUGGCCCCAAGUGACAGUCUCAUCUCGUAGCUAUAUGAUAUGAUGUAUGUGCAAAUUUGAGUCACUAGAAUACUCUUCCAUCUCUAAAUAUCACUGUCAACGUCCACUUUGAAAACACUCUUAUUUAUUGUGUGGGGAGAGUUUUGAAAUAUAUGCACAUUUGUUGUCUUCUGAAAAAGAGGAAACCAGUGAUGUUUUAAGCUCUAGUCUGCCCUCUUUAAGUUGAUUCAGCCUGUUUCUAAGAAAUAUUUGUAUAAAUGGUAUAAAUCAUGCCUCGCCCCGUGCACUUCUGUGUUCACUUCCUCUUAACCACUUAAUAGUCAUUUCCAAAUCUUACUCUACACUCAAAUGGACAACACAACAUCAGUGCAAAUAUUGAUUAGUGAGGAUUUUAUUGAUUAGAUGGAUGUUACAACAAAGUCAUUUUCUUCCUGCAUUUCUAAAAUUGUUAUUCAGCAAUACAGUUUAUAAUAAAGUUGAAAUAAAAAAA